AUGACCAGUGUUCAGGAUGAAAAAGUGCCAGCAACAUUGAAAGAAACUGAAACAACUAAGAAGGAGGCAACGACCAAGAUUGAGGAAACAAUCCCAGAAAAAUCAGGCAUUAAUGGUGCAGGUGUCACUGUUACUGUUGAUACCAAGGAAGUGGUGAUAGAGAAGACUGAGGAAAAGGCCAGAGAAGUUAUAAUAGAAGAUCCAACAGCAAAGGAGAACACAGAAACUGCUGAAAAGAAAUCAGCACCAACAGCACCAGCGGAAGAUGAGAAAGCAAAUGAUGAGAGCGAAGCCACAGAAGCAGCAGAAGAAGCCAUCACAGUUGAGAAAACUGAAGCUUAA